GAGCGAGCGAGCGACGCGCCUUGAGCCUCGCGGGCCGCCAUCCCGGAAGUGGGAGGUAGAGCCUCGCCGUCCUCCCGGAUUCCGGGUGCGGGUUCCCAGGACCUGUCGCCGGUGUGUCUUGACCUCCUGGAGGGGCCGGGAGACUUGCGUCUCCUCACCGGGAAGAGCGAGCCUCUCCCGUGAGCUCUUGCGGCGCAGGGCCGUCUGCUCUGGCUGGAUGGUGACCUUAGUUUCGGGGAUGAGCUGAUCCUUCGGUGGCUUUACCAUGGCCCAGCGGGCACUGUGGCUCAUACGUCACGAACCGGGAACUCCACUCGGUGGCACCGUCAGAUUCUCCAGACGAUAUCCUACUGUUGAAAAGAGAGCCAAAAUCUUGAAUGGACUGAGUUAUGUUCCUGUACCUGAAGAUGGUCCCUUUCUUAAGGCAUUACUCUUUCAACUUAGAUUAUUGGAUGAUGAUAAAGACUUCGUGGAGAGGCGUGAUAGCUGUUCAUACAUCAAUAAAUCAUCUGUCUAUGGACUUUUAGUAGGAGGUGAAGAACUCUGGCCAGUCAUUGCUUUUCUGAGGAAUGAUAUGAUAUAUGCAAGUGUUCCACUAGUUGAACAAGCUCUGUCCCCUCGGCCAUCUUUAAUUAGCAUUAGUGGAAUUUCACAAGGCUUGGAACUGCUUUUUGGGAUACAGGAUUUUCUUUACUCAAGUCAGAAAAAUGACACUGACCUAAACACAAAAUUGAGUCAGUUGCCUGACUUGCUUCUGCAGGCUUGUCCAUUGGGUACUUUAUUGGAUGCUAACUUGCAGAAUUCAUUGACUAGUAUUAAUUGCUCAUCUGUGACCCAGCCACAAAAACAGCCAGCAUGGAGAGUUGGAACAUACAAAGGAAAACCACAGAUUUCUAUUUCUAUCAGUGAAAAAGUAAAAUGCAUGCAGUAUGGUAAACAGGAUAUAGCAGACACAUGGCAAGUUGUUGGAACAGUCGCUUGCAAGUGUGAUUUGGAAGGAAUCAUGCCAAAUGUCACCAUCAGCUUGAACCUCCCCACCAACGGCUCUCCACUCCAAGAUAUUAUCGUUCACCCUUGUGUGACUUCUCUCGAUUCUGCCAUUCUGACUUCCAGUAGCAUUGACACAAUGGACGACUCUGCGUUUAGUGGGCCUUACAAAUUCCCAUUCACUCCGCCUCUCGAGUCAUUCAACUUAUGCCACUACACCUCUCAGGUCCCUGUCCCACCAAUACUGGGUUCUUAUCACGUGAAAGAAGAAGAAGCACAACUAAAAAUAACAGUUAAUUUAAAACUUCAUGAAAGUGUAAAAAAUAAUUUUGAAAUCUGUGAAGCUCAUAUACCUUUUUACAACAGAGGUCCAAUUACCCAUUUGGAAUACAAAGUUAGUUUUGGCCAACUUGAGGUAUUUCGAGAAAAAAGCUUAUUGGUCUGGAUUAUUGGGCAGAAGUUCCCCAAAUCAAUGGAAAUUAGUCUUUCUGGAACUCUAACUUUUGGAGUCAAGGGCCAUAACAAGCAGCCAUUUGAUCAUAUUUGCAUUGGAAAUACAGCAUAUGUAAAGCUUCAUUUCAGGAUCUCAGAUUAUACACUCACUGGAUGUUAUGCAGAUCAGCAUUCAGUUCAAGUUUUUGCAUCAGGAAAACCAAAAAUAAGUGCAUACCGGAAACUAAUUUCUUCUGACUAUUACAUCUGGAAUUCUAAAGCACGUGCUCCAGUAACAUAUGCGUCAUUGUUACCAUGAUCUUCUCAUAGUCAAAUAGGAUUUAGAUGAUGGUAACAUUCUGUAGUAAAAUCAUAGUAUUUUUAUUUCUUACAUGUAUUCAUAUCUGUCGGUUUUAGUCUGAUACAAUGUGAAAGAAUAUUUUCAAGGCUAAUGUCUCCAUUUUUUGUUACCCUCUGUCUUCAUGCCAGUAUGACUCAGAACACAUAAAAGUAGUGAUUCAUUUUGAAUUAGGAUCAGUCUUGGGUCUCCAUGCCAUAUGUUCUUUCCUGUCCCUGUGGCAGGCCUCCAGACUCAGUCCCAGCCAAGACAGGGCCAAUUGUGGCAUCCUGUGGGGCAGACCGCGCUAGUCAAUCAGAACCCCCUCCUUCAGUAAGAGCUCAGCCUUCUCCUGGUGCAGUCUCAGGCAGCUGUCCUGUGGUUUGUAGUUGAUUUACAAGGAAAUUAUGUGCUUAUCCAAACCUCAGUACAAACAGCAUGCUUUUACAGAAUACCCAUGAUCUGGUUAAAAUAAUCAUAAAUCCUUUCUUUCAAAGUAGCCAGUGAAGAUAAUGUUCAAAUAGUAACCCACUCUUCAUCACAUCUCUCCUCCUGGCCAAUAAAAAGCCUGUAUAUUUCUAUUUGAUGUUCUAGAGCUACUUUCUUUCUGAGACUGAGUCUCGUGGAGCCCAGACUGCCAGGGACUCACUGUGUAGCUGAGGAUGACCUUGAACUCCCUCUCAAGCGCUGGGAUUACAGUGGUGUAUCACCAUGUCCAAUUUAUGUCCUUCUAGGGGUCCAACUGAGCUUCAUGCGUGCCAGGCAAACACCCUACCAACUGAACUAUGACGCUAACCCCUCUCAGGCUCCUUUAACUGACUUGGUAAUCUGCCACAAUGACGUGUGUCUAAGAUGCCAGUCGACCUAAGAAGACUGCAGUAACUUCAGAAGAGGAGCAUAGUCAUCUAUGAUGUUUAGUGUCCUGGGACAAGGUUUUAAAAAUAAUUUGGGGUAUUAUACUCUCUGUUUUGUUUUUUAAUUAAAAUCUGAUAAUGAAUGAACUCAGGUAAAUAUUCAAAAACCUUUUCAUGAGUAUCAUUUACACUUAUUUAAUGUAGCAUUUUUUUUCUUUAUCUGUCCCUGUCAUUUCUUUUUACCAUCUUCUUGAUUCCUUCCAAACUACCUAGCCAUGCUCUUUAUUCUCUGCCUAUUUCUCCUAUUACACAUAUCCUGCUUCAGAGCAGUAUGUUCUCGUCAAGUUGGACUUCAAGCGACCAUUUAAAAAAAAAUCUAAAGAUCCUGAGAAUUUCGCUGACUCCAGCUGAAGCCUAACAGAAAAUAGGACUUGCAGAUUGACCUCUAAUUAGAUUUAUCCUGGCUUCUGUUUCUUUUUUGUCUUUUUUAAAAUGAGUCUUCUAAAAAAAAAAAAGCUUAGAAAAAGCUGCUGAUUCUUUGAAGGAGAGUUUCAAUCAUUGAAUGGGAAAGUGUGUGUAAACUUAGGACUCAAAAUCAAUUUUUUAAUUAGGGUCAGCCCUCAUUAUAAACCCUCAUUGCCUGCAAAGCAUUAUCAUAGCACAGAGUUCUGUUUUCACAGUCAUCCUAAGUCAGGAGAGGGAGUAACUGCCUGACAAGGACAGUGCUUGCUGUCCCGACUGACCCGAAGGGAGUCAGCAGUAGAAAUUCUUCUGUGAGAAGAAAACAUUGUCCCAUAAUGGUUUUUUCUCACUCCUCAUCUCAAAGCUCAACAUUUUACUUCAAUUUAUUAGUAGAGCCUUUUAGAAAUUUUGAUUGUAUAAAUACUUAGCAAAUUAUACUAAGGUAGACAAGACACAUUCAUCUAGUGAGUAGGGAAAGAUUCAGUAUAUAAUCCUUGAGGCAAACUCUCUUCAUAAACAAAUUAGAAAAACCAGUGACCUCUAAUUUGACAUUUCUAGAAACCUGGGGGAAAAUCUAGGGGUUCCUAGAAAAGCGUGGCGUGAUGGGGAACCAAGGCCAUCUGUUGCCAUUCCGUUCUGACACAACACUAGGAACUAAAAGCCAGCCCACAUUUCAUCCCAUUGAGAUCAGCUGGGCACACUGAUGCUUUUGAUUUUGUCUAGAAACCUGUCACUUCAGGAUAAUUUCUGAAGACAAAGCUUGUUCCCAGUUUGGUAGGUGACCUGUUUAAUGUUUUCCCUGUGUCUGGGAACUCCUUAGUGUAAUUAGCGACCUUUGAACUCCACAACUAAUCCUGAGCUAUUUUGUAUUCCUUACUCAUCUUUAAGGCUGGACCUUUCUUUUCUUCAGAGUCCACUGCCACAAUUAAAGAAGAAACAGCUGCAUUUCAAAGGGAUUCCGAUUCCAGAAGCUUAAUCGUGAUUGACAUGUUCUUAUUCUAAGCUAUAAGACACUCUAAGAGUCCUUUCUUUGGUUAAAACUUCAAUCAUUUUCUAAAAAAUUAUCUCACUAUGGAUUUUAUUCAUUUUCUUUGAUAGCUAUUCUUUUCAUUUUUUUAACUUGAAAGGUGCUUUGCAUUUGCAGUGAAUGUGAGCAUCGACUUCCAGUGAUAGAUUUGGAUGGUGUCAGACCUGCUCUAGAUACAAUAUUGCUAAAUUCCCUUUUAGUGCCAAAAUGUGAUUAUGAAAUCUGAUAUCUAUGCUGUAAUUAUUCUUACUCAACCCAAAGGGUUAAAGAAAGUUUUAAAUAUCUGAGAAUGAACUCUAGAAAAGAUGGGUCAUGAUUUGUGUGAUACCUGUUCUCCAUUUUUUUUACUAAGCAAUAUUAUAAAGCCCACAAUGUAGUAGUUAAACAGUGGGGAUGUUUUGUACUUUUAAAUAAUUGAGCCUUUCAAAUUAAAAGUAAAUAGGCUCCUUGGGAAUCUUACGAGUCUUUAAAUUUUAUUUAAACAUUAGCCUAUCUCAAAAUCUUUUUCUUUUCAUGCCAUCUUAGUAUUUCUACUGUUACAAUAUUGUGGUCUUUGAUUUCAUGUGCUGUUUAGCAGCAGACACAUAGUAUCCAUUGCUGAUUUUUUUUUCUGUUAUUGUAGUUAACAAUAUUUAAAAAACUUGAACAGGCAUUCAGAUUCCUCCACUGCCCCUGGGAGGUAGCUAGGUGAACUUCCUCUGCGGGGAUUGCUGCCCUAGUAGAGGAGUUGUUUCUAAGACAAAGGUCAAAAAAAGGAUGUUAAUAAACAGUCCUCAGGUUUAAGGGACUUUUUAGGAUUACAUCUUAAAUUCCAACAAAUCAGAUUUAGGAGUUGCUGAAAGUGAAAUUGAUCCAUCCCUCAUCCAAACUUUGCAAUACUUUCCUGUUCUGACAUCAUUUAGAUAGUUAGCUGUAUUAUCAGAUUAGAAACCAUUGUACCCAGCUGCUGAAAGGAGAAGGAGGCAAAAAGCUAAACAUGGGAUGAAUUCUGAACCUUUUAACCUGGCUGAAGUAUGUUGGUUGCUGUUAUGCAAAUACCUUCAAUCCUCUGCUAAGUUCCGUGGAAAUAAUUUUCUUGAAUGACAGGUUGAUUCAGCAAGGAUUCAGUCGGUGAUUAAUCCCCCUUUGAUCUGGGGUAUUCACUUAACUACCAGUUACCUCGUUCUGACAAAGUGCAACUGAGAUUAGGGAGAUCACUAGAACACUACCAGCCCGUGCGUUUAUUCUCUAUAACCUUUUAAAGCAAGGGCCAAGAAUGCAAUUUAUUCUCAGUUUUUGAAGAUGCAAAGUCCUGCCUGCUAAGUUAGAAAGUCAAUUGAAUACCAAAUGAAGUUUAUUUCUUACAUAAGAGAACAAACAUUUCUUUUUUGCUCUGCCUAUCAAUGAUAUUAGGAAUCAUAGGCUUUGAAGAGAGAAAAAAACAAAGGCUACAUUCCAAGUACAGCUUCUUGUUUGUGUCGUGUGCUAGAGUGCAUGCUCGCUGCCCCCAGAUAACCCAAGAAUCAAAGGAAUGGCUACAGUUAUGCUGAAAAACACUUGUGUUUCAUGUGUCUUCGAGUCCAGCCACCCCCAGACCACUAGAAAAAACUCAGUGUAGUAAAGAAAUCCAGCUAGGGAGACAUGUAGCACACAAUCUUGUUAGCUUUUAUUUUCAUGAGGAAGUAGAUAGAGCCUUAUAUUCUCAUUAAAAUAAUAACUGCAUUCAUUUCCCCAUAACUGGUAUCAUUGCCGAAGUACAUGAGCAGUCAUUCUCUUAAGUGUUUUCUGCCUUUUGCUUUAUCUUUUCUUCCAUAUAUUUAGACUUUGAAAUGUCUGUGCAGUUCUAAGAAAAAAAAUUCAGAUGUAUUUCAUGCUGUUUUUCAAAGAAUUCAUUUUUAAAAACUAUUAUCAGUGUUAGUAUUUAUUUUUCAAGAUGUCAAAUUAAAGAUUUAUUCCUUUAGUAUACUUCAUGUCCUAUAAAUACAUAGAUACAUAAUACACACACCAUUAUUUGUAACAAAAUUUGUUUUUAAUUUUUUAAUCAAUGAUUAACUUUAUAAAUAAGACAAAACAUUCUUAUAAAUGUUAUGUAGUUGCUCAUUUUCCUAGUAGCAAUCUACAAUAAAAGUUACUGUUUAAAUCAU